AUGGUUAAAUUAUUGUUACCUAUUUUACUAUGUUUUGUUUUGUUACUUACAAAUAUAUCAUGUUUUUUAAAUGAUAAAAAUAUAAAAGUUUACAAUGUGAUUAAAAAGAAUAGCAAUGUUUUUAUACACAACAAAAGUAUAAUUAAUAAAAGGAGUGUAAAUUUGAUGGUCUUUAAAAAAUAUAAUAAAAAUAAAUAUCCUAUUAAAUUUUUAAAAAAAACACAACUUAAUGCAUCACUAGAUAAUAAAUCGAAUUUCUCAUUCUAUGGUGAAACAAAUGUAACAAUAUUUGACAAGUUGAUGGCAUCGACUGCUUAUAUUCUCCCAUUUAUGGAUGCAGUACAAGCAUAUAUGAUGCCCCUCUUAAAUAUGCUACCAUUUCAUUUACACAAGUACCUUUUUUUAAUUGAAAAAUUUAACAACAUAUAUAUGUCCAUUCCAUUCUCUUCCUUUGGUACCUUCAUGGGCUUAUAUUUUAUGUUUGUUAAAGAAAACAAAUUCAAAUUUCACUACUUUAUUAAAUAUCACCACAUGCAGGGGUUAAUAUUAUCCAUGUUUGGAUAUGCCUUAGCCUUAUUUUAUUUUCGAGUUUUUCCAUAUUCAUAUAAUGAUACAGAUAUAUUUAAUUUAACAGUUUUAUACUCAAGUAUGUCCAUUUAUUUUGGAUCAUUAAUUAUUCCUUUUAUGGCUUCUUUAUUGGGAUAUUACAUCGAAAUACCAGUUAUUUCUGAAGCCAUCAAAUUGCACAUUGGGGAUAAAAAGAAAAAAGAAAAUACAGACUUAUAA